CGUGUUUCACGCGGUGAGGUCAGGCAGCCAGUGUUCGAGCUGCGUGCGAUUUUGCGAGGUGCAUUCAGCUCCGAGUACACGACACACGAUACGGUAUACUGUUUGCGCGUUACUGGUGUACAGUCAUAUGUUUGAUUGUCAUUCUCCAAUAGACUGCACGAUAUGACUAAAACCUCGUAGUUCCAGUAAAUAUCCAAUAAAUUUUGAAGCUGUUGAAUCCAUACAACAUCUUUUCGAAUUGGAAGAAACUUUGUGGUUGUGGCGGCUAGCACAUGCCGAAGAAAGUCAAUUUUUUAACGGUUUCCAAGUGCCCACACGCAGAUCAAAAGCUCUGAGAAUUACCGACGAAAGUAAUAAAGUAGGGCCUGGAAAAAACCCUGCUGCAUCACUAACAAUGAAGAUCGUCCUUGAUGAAUUGCAGCCGCAUCCCGGAGAAAGUGCGUUACGAGACAAGACAAUCUAAUUGGUUAAAACCCGG